GAUAAAAGAAGAGUUGGGCCUCCUUCCGGGUCGCCCAAUUUAGUAAGUUUUAACCAUAAAAUGCUACUGUAUAUAGAUUAGGGUUUUUUCGUCUCUCUUAUUCGCACCUUCCCUGGAAAAGUAAAGGCUUUAACAGCUACAUUCCACCAAAAUGGCUAGAGGGUUGAAGAAACAUUUGAAGAGGCUCAAUGCUCCUAGGCAUUGGAUGCUUGACAAACUUGGCGGUGCAUUUGCACCAAAGCCAUCAUCUGGACCUCACAAAUCCAGGGAAUGCUUACCACUAGUUCUCAUUCUUCGAAACAGAUUAAAAUAUGCUCUGACAUAUAGAGAAGUGAUUGCUAUUCUUAUGCAGAGGCAUGUUAUGGUAGAUGGGAAGGUUAGAACUGAUAAGACUUAUCCAGCUGGUUUCAUGGAUGUUGUGUCAAUUCCAAAGACAAAUGAGGACUUCCGUCUCCUUUAUGAUACAAAAGGACGAUUCCGCCUUCAUGCCAUCAUCGGUGAUGAGUCCAAGUUUAAGCUCUGUAAAGUUCGGUCUGUCCAGUUUGGCCAGAAGGGUAUUCCAUACCUCAAUACUUAUGAUGGCCGAACAAUCCGCUACCCAGAUCCAUUGAUCAAGGCUAAUGACACCAUCAAGCUUGACUUAGAGAGCAACAAAAUUGUCGAUUUCAUCAAGUUUGAUGUCGGGAAUGUUGUCAUGGUCACUGGAGGAAGGAACAGGGGACGUGUUGGAGUGAUUAAGAACAGAGAGAAGCAUAAGGGUAGCUUUGAGACAAUCCAUGUUCAAGAUGCUGCUGGCCACGAGUUUGCAACCCGUCUUGGCAAUGUGUUUACAAUUGGUAAGGGGACAAAGCUGUGGGUUUUGCUUACUAAGGGCAAGGGUAUCAAGUUGUCGAUCAUUGAGGAAGCCCGGAAGAGGCUUGCAGCCCAAUCCGCCGCGUAAAUUUGAUAAUAUUUGGAGCAGUUCAAAGAAUUAAUGAGUUGGAUGCUUGCUGGCUGGUACUUUGUGUUGGUUCUUCUUUAAGUUGUAUCCUCUGCUUUUCAACUCAUGAGCGGCAGUUUUGGACCAAUCGUCUUCUUGAAAUUUAGUUGCAGUAGUUUAGUUUAAGUUACAUUUGUUUUUUUGAUGGAAGUUUUUACAUUUUUAAUAAACCAUUAUAUAGCAUGGUAAAGUUCUUGUUUGCUAAAA